AUGGGUCACCAGCAGCAAGACUGGAGCCAUGCAGAAAAAGUCAGCCAGGGUUCUUGUUCUUGCCUUGUCUGCUCAAACCAACAGGGUCUGAUCUGGAAAUACGGCCUUAGUAUGUGCUGCCAGGGUUUCCGUGAGCACACAAAGGACAUAGGCUUCAUUAAGUUGGACUAAAUGAGCU